AUGUCUCCUGUGUACAUCGCUCUUCAUCUAAUUUUAUCUCUUUGGACGUUCAACUUUAAUCUGAUGAAUCCAAUUUGUUUAUUUCUUUCGUUAAAUGCUGGAAAUUUUAUUUGCAAGCGACUUUUAUCAAGAUUUACUGAUCAACAACCCGACGAUUUUGGAUUUACAAGUGCACUUAUGAUAAUCGUAUCGAUGGCAAUAGCCGUUCAAUAUGCAAUUCCCGAAGAACAUUUCAUUGAAAAUGAUUAUGCUAAGAAUUGUUGUGUAAAGAAAUUCAAAAUUUAA